CGACUGUGGAGGUACCGACUGCCGUCACCAUUUCUUUCUCUCGACUCCUUCCGGUCUUGAACUCGUCGGUAUCUCUUUCUGCACCUCUGACAUCCAAGCAGAGCAGGGUCAGAUCGCAUUACUUUGACCUCCUUCCCGUCCUGUCGAGAUUCAGUGACCAGGUUGACGCUUGACGGUCGACACCACCUAUCCGUCACCUCUGUCGCUGCACCUUACCUCACUUCACUCACCCGCUCGCACUGCACCCACCACGGCAUUGCACAUUCGUCUGGAUUGGAAUUUCGUCCAAACCGGAGCGGCGCUUUCAACUGAUCUUCCGCUUCCCGCCCACAACCACGCAACCACCCACUCAGGUUCAGCGAAGCGAACUGCGAAGCGGUAGAGGCACUUCAAGGCACCUCCUCCUCCACCACUCACGCAUUACAUUCCCGCACCGCACCGCACCGAACACCGACAUCACCCUUUAUUCCACUUCGUCGCUCGUCGGUGUCGUCUCGUCGUCUUUGCUGCUCUGCCUCUCCCACUCAUCCUCGACAACGUCGGCGACCCACUGGCUUUCUUCGACCGCCUGCCUGCUCUCGAGAUCGAUCGCUCGCCCUACGCCAGCAUCAAUUCUUUCCCUUUUUCCCCCUGUCGACACAAAGACCGCCCGUGGUUGGUUCUGCUCCUCAAUCCCGGGCUCACCGGCAUUUGUUCUUAGGGACCUCAACGCGUCGGCCUGGAAUCCUUUCCUCUCGAUUAUUUCCACCACGCCUUUUUUUCACCCUUAUUUCUUUUACGCCAUUCGAGAGAUAUUCCGUCCGAACGACGCCGAGCACCUCCCGAAUGUUCUAGCUUUGAUACCCUACUUGCGCAUAUUUGCCUUUACACGCCCACUCUACUCUGCGGUCGCUCCGAGUGUGCAUUUUCGCAGAUUUGCUCGAAUAUCACAGUCAUCGGUCGUUCAGCCUGAUUUUCCCGGCUCGCAACAGCUUGCUGUGAUCCACGACUUGUUCCUCGACCUGACGCGCUCGUCGACCGACCUACAAUCGUCCCUCCGUUCGUCUCCGAUCCUCUCGACCCUAUCCUUCUCUUCUCGGUAACCCCGUUCUCGAACCGGUCAGCAACGUGCGAACAGGGUGUUCCCGAGGCGAUCGUGUUUAGACCAGGAUAAGGGAUUUGGUGUCUGGAACGGCUAUCCUGGAACUGAAAGGUUGUCUUCACGAGACUCGCCACAGUGGACGGUUAGUUGCCGCGGGACACUUUAACCUUCGGACAAGAACGUGUGCUUGCGAACUUGACACUCGUGCUCUGGAAGCGAUUUUGAGGUCUGCGCCAAAGCGCUAGCGGCGAGCGAUAACGUACCAGUUGGUCGUUGGAAAAUAGACGAAGCGUCUCUUUCAAGCGUGCAUUCUGCGCUUAGCGAAGAGUACAUAACCUUAACCGCGUUGCCUUAGUGAACGAGCAAAGCACAUAACGUCUGUACAUUUCUCAGCGUGCCUUCUACGUAUCAAGCAUUGUGCCGCCCACGCCCGUUCAACCCUCAGAUCUGAACCGCAGGCCGGACUUGCACCGAGAGCAGAUCCUGACCAUAACCUUUGAUGGACGCCCAGCCGGCCGCGGCUGAACUCAAGCAUCAUUAUCAAACAAACCUGUGGACGCGUCUACCCGCCGAACCUGCGAUAUCGAAGACGACCUCGAUUUACGCUCCAGAGUCUGUCAUUGCAUACUUUCCCUCUCAUCUCGAGCUCUUGCCGAUUCUGCUCCCGCAACACUUGAGCAUCUCCCAGGAUAAGCUGCAGUACUAUAACAGGCUUGUUUCUUCCAGCCGAGGAGGCGGCAGUUGUCUGGAUACCUUACAAUCGCCGACUGCGAUUUCGUUGACGCAAUCUCAGCCUGUCGCGCGGUCGAAAUCAUCUUCCAAGGUGUCGACCAAGGACGGCUUGUCCGGGAAGCUCAGCGUCCUGAGCUGUCAUGGGAAUAGGACAGUCAAGCACACAGAAAACGCCGAACGUGUGCCUAUAACAUCCGCAAAGGAAAUGUCAGUCAAGAUGUCGGGAAAGAAACAACCAGAUCAGAAUGGUCUGCACGGCCUACCCGCCCGACCGCCGCUCCCAACCGACCAGAUGAAUCAUCUUCCAGCUACGGUAACCAGCUCAGUACCAUCUACACCUCAUCAACACGCAAGGAAAUUCUCGUUCGAGUCCCGUGAUCCAUCCCCUGGCGCCACACAGAACCAUUCGCCCCGUUCUGCAUAUUCGGAGACAAAUGGUAACGUGCCAUCACUUCGGCCGCUGCCUCCCAGGUUAGGGGGCUGUCGCUUCGAGACCGCCAUUCCAUUCUCUAGACGACGAAUGCCAUACAGUAUUGGAGCGGAUAGACUGGAUCCGGUUGAUCCAGACAAGAUUAAGAGCAGGCUAGCAGAGGACCAUGAGGCGAAACUCACAACAACCCUGCGCGAACUAUAUGACAGUCUAAUACCAACCCCAGAGGUGGAGCGCAAGAGGAAAAAGCUGGUACAAAAGCUGGAGAAGAUAUUAAACGAUGAGUGGCCUGGACACGAUAUUCAAGUAAACCUUUUCGGAUCUUCAGGCAAUCUGCUAUGUUCUGACGACUCUGACGUGGAUAUUUGCAUCACAACCCCAUGGAAAGAAUUGGAGAGCGUCUGCAUGAUCGCUGAGUUACUCCAUAAACAUGGCAUGGAGAAGGUCGUUUGUGUCUCGUCAGCAAAGGUACCAAUUGUCAAGAUAUGGGAUCCCGAGCUCCAACUAGCAUGUGAUAUGAAUGUCAACAAUACACUGGCACUGGAGAAUACCAGGAUGGUGCGUACGUACGUCGAAAUUGACGAACGCGUGCGGCCUUUGGCCAUGAUCAUCAAGUAUUGGACAAGGAGGAGGAUAAUUAAUGAUGCAGCAUUUGGUGGCACAUUAAGUUCUUAUACAUGGAUAUGCUUGACUAUUGCAUUUCUACAAUUACGGGACCCUCCAGUUCUCCCAGCACUUCACCAAGAAAACAGCCUCAAGCUUCUGAGGCCAGAUGGGACAAAGAGCGACUUUGCUGAUGACAUCGACAAGUUACGCGGAUUUGGGGACAAGAACAAGGACAGCUUAGCGGCUCUUCUUUUCAACUUCUUCCGUUUCUAUGCGCACGAGUUUGACUACGACAAGUAUGCAUUGUCAAUACGCACCGGCAAGCUCCUGAGUAAAGUUGAGAAACGCUGGCAUAUUGGUGUUAACAAUAUGCUCUGCGUGGAGGAGCCAUUCAACACCAUGCGCAAUCUUGGGAAUACAGCCGACGACACGUCUUUCCGGGGUCUCCACAUGGAGCUACGUCGGGCAUUUGAACUGAUUGCCGACGGCAAAUUCGAGGAAUGCUGUGAGCAAUACGUAUUCCCCAAGGAGGAGGAAAGGACUAUCUUCCAGAAACCGGCCAGUACAUCUAGGCCAAUCUUGGUUAGAAGCUCUUCGCAGACGCACUCAAGUCGAAACCCACGGAAUGGCGGCUUUCGAAACGCACGACAAUACAAUCGGAACGGAAACGCCGGUCGCCGGGGCUCAUCGAGUGUGACACACGAUCCCAAUUCAACCUAUGUGCCGGCCGGAAUUCCAGGGCAGAUGGCUUCGCCUGAGUUUCUGCAGUGGUAUCACCAGCACGGGAUACCUCCCGAAGUCUACGCAUCCCAGCUCAACGCACUGAGUCAACAACAACAGCAGCACCAGCAACAACAAGAUAGUAUCCGAUAUCAGCUGUUCGCGCACUCACAGCAAAUAAAUCAACAGCAGUUGCUCGCCCAUGCUAACAGGACGAGGGCAGGCGGCUCACAGAACACCGAUAGGUCUCGGACGAACUCUUUUGAUAAUCUCCCGACGAGUCCUCCAGUACGGCCUGAGCAACUACUCUACGGUUACGCAUUUCCGUUGCAGAAUCCCGCCUAUUUCCAUCCGGCACUACAGACAUAUCCGUCCUCCCCUGUGACGGCAGCUGCGACAGCUGGUGGAGGGCCCGAGUAUAGGCGAAGCCUCCAUCGAAAUGCUGCGGCUAGUGAGUCCGGCGCUUCUACUGGUAGCGGUACGCUCAGGUCUCAAUCCCAACCAGCGUCGAGGACCCCUACUGCCUCUACUCAGAACAUGACGGGCUAUCUCGGGACAAGUCAGCCUUCAGUUGGAAUUCCUAUUCCAUUCCCGCGGAUGGCAAUGCCACAUUACGUGCCAGACGAAGCGAUAGAUUCGGAUAUUGAUCUUGCGUCAGCUAACAGUGUGACCGAUUCCCCGCCCGAGGAAGACGGUUCGCGUUACAACCACUUUUUCAUGCACGGAGGCUCCAGUCCUGUCGCGAAUGGUACUCACGGCAUCAUACCUUCCCUUGGUGAACUGACGCUCGACAAUGAGACUCGCCACCGACUGUCGAGUGACCAGCUGCCUCAGUCGGUCCUUGACAGAAGAAUGAAGCGCACCUCACGGUCUCCCUCGCCUCUGGGCCACAGUAGAACCCCAUCAGUUGGAAAUAGUUCUGCGCCAUCGGCGCCCGUUUCGCAAACCAAUGGCAAGCUCGCUCCCAGCCGUGGGCCUCUGGUUGUUAAUGGCUCGAUGGGCAAAACCAAACCUGCUUCAAGUGUCUCUCGUCAACCACUACCUGUUGCAGAGCCUCCGGUCCCGGAAGAUGCGACUUAUGAGAAUCCUGUUUACAUACACCAAGGGUUCUACAAUGGGGGUUGGACCGAGCCGACCAACUUCCAUUUGCCCACUGUCACUGGUCACAACCCUGCUCAGUUCCCGGACCGGCCAGUAAUUGUAAAUAGUACUACAGCUACCCGGUCUCCAGCCUCGUCCAAGAACAUGGGGGACGCGUCAUUCCAGCAGCGCAUCGCAAUGGCCAACAGUUUCCAUCCCGGCAUUCCAUACGCGCCACUGACCAGCGAUACCACUUCGUCGCCCGGAUUAUCUCCUCCCAAUGGUGAUCGUAUGAGAUCAAUAGCUCGCCAACAGAACGGGAUAGCGCCCCUUGAUCUUGCUGCUGGCAGCUUUGGCGUCUCUCAAGAUUUGCAACAUCUUUCACCGGUUUAUGAGGCGCGAACACCAUCGCCCACCCUCAUGCGAAAGUAUGAAUCCUCGCUAGGUGUUUCCACGCCAACCCUCGAGUCUACAAACGGGUCUCGUUCAGAACGUUCAGAUACCUGGAGAUCAGGACAGAAGACGUCGCCGGUGAAAUCCCCGCCAGCAGGCCCUGCAGCAAAACUCGACUCUGUAACCCGCUCGCCGGUUCUGGAUCAGCGAAGUAAUGGCACUUCCAGGGGCAAUGGGCACUUGCGGAAUGGGAACAAGGGUCAGAGUGAGGGGCUCAGUGACUGGCAAAAGUCUAAGCCUCGCAAGAAGGGCAUGGCUGAUUUGAAACAUGCCGCGAGUACCUUUGCCCAGAGCGAGCAGGUGCCCAAAAAUGACGGAGACCGAAGAGGUGGUUGAUCAUUCAACGUGCACGGCAUAUUGACCCGGGGAUGAUCCUCAGUUCCGUUUUGUCGGACGAAAAACUAACCGCGUGUUACAUCCGAGCACUUGAAAUCUGGGACGUUGGCUUUCUUGGAUACGUAUCCUAGUCUGGCUUCGUCCAUCUGAAGUUUAAGCCCAUAUUGGACACAUAGUUCAGGAUUAUAGCACAAGCUCGGAUGACACAUGCUGCCUGGCUGAAGAUGGAUCUGCUUGUCCAUUCCAUGUUGCUGCUGUUCAACGACGAACCUCAAUUAUGGAAAGUCUUAUGGAUGCUCACCGUUCUGAUCACUCUUCGGACUCUACAACAACUGGAGACUGGUCAAGCUUCCCUGACGGAUAGUCGUAUUCCAUAAACGAGUUAUCUAUCUGCAGACUUCGAAAUCGGCGGAUUCAUCAGCAUAUAGCAUCUUUAUUUCAUUUUACAAAAGCGAAACGACUAUGCUGCAUCAUUUGCGGACUUAAGAUGGACCGAUGAACUCGGUCCUGAUGAAAAUAGGGGAACUGGGAGGGUUCUGUUCGGUUUUGCUUGGCCCUUAUUAAUGUCAUUCCUGUUAUCGUCGGUGUCGGUUGGCUUAGGCCAUAUGCACUGCAUUUCACACAUUCGAACGCAUUUACAGAGGAGCGUUUCUCUUAAACAAGGCGGGCUGGCGAAAAGCUUCAAGGAUAUAGCACUGGGGUCAUGACUUCAUUUGGGAUCAUGCUGUGGCUUCUUUGUUUGGUUGUUGAGGCAUCAUUGACCGGCCUAAAUGAUAUCGUUGCUUCAUCUGGAGGUUUUUCUUCUCUCAUUCCCUUGCUCUACCCCAUCUCCCAUCUUCUCUCUCUCCGAAGUUUUCAAUAUUUUUGCCGCAAACCCACCCCUCGGGUUGAGGGACUUCCUGCCCGUUAUUUUGAGGGACCUACUUCCAGUGGGAAUGUUGACUGCAUCCGCAUAACGUCUUGUUUAUCCGAGACCACACCGAUUUUGUAACCCGGCCUCGCUAUGACCACUUCAGACUUCAUCUAGGAUGCCGUUAGCAGUUCACCAUUUGGAACAUGGGAAACAGGAAAAGGGAGGGAAACGUUGCUUGCAAACGAAAAAAAAGCGAACACCAAAAAAAAGCUGAGCACGCAUGGGAAACAAGAGGGGGAGGAUCAGAGCAAAAUUUCGGGUUAUUUUCAUUGUCCGUCUUUCCUUGCACACUUGUUUGGUUUCACAUUUGAUACCAGAGUAUAUUAGACCCGAACAACAAAGUUCAAAACACAAAGUUUGAUUAGAUCAUGGAAUGGCAGUGGAUAUGGGUGUGUACAUUUUUUCUUUCUUUCACCUUCAUGGAAGGGAUGAUUCGGGGAAGGGAAAGGGAUUAGGUUCAUUGGGUUAUACUGGUCUGGUUUCUGGCUUCCGUUUCUGGGUCAACGCAAUGCGAACAUGUAAAGAGAAUAAAGAAGACGACGACGACGAAGAAGAAGCAUAAGAUAAAGUAGUCAAAAAGCAAGUAUAAAAAACGAAACAAAUAAAAAAAAAGUGGUAAAAAGAUUCAAA